AUGGCGCGCUGGCAUCUACUUCUUGCUGUUGUUAGAACAACGGGCUGCCUCGACUUUCGGCUAAAGGCCACUUUAGGGCACAGAUCAUUCUCGUCCACUCGAGUAUUUUCUAAAGAGAUGGAAUCUUCUGUACUAGUAAACAAUAGAAAGAAUCAGAGUCUCAGUGGGAGACAUCUUCUUCUCAGAAUAGUAAACAGAGGCGAUUCCUUCCGUCGGCGCCGCUCCCGCUCCGGGUCCCUCGCACCGUCAUCACCAGCACUAUCCGCGCCAGAGUCUACAGGAGAACGCAAGCCGGUCGCAUGUCACCGCGUGGCUAUGGUCGGCGCCCCAGGCGUUGGCAAGACAGCUUUAGUGAGCCAGUUUCAGACCAGUGAAUGCAUCAAUGCUUAUGACAGACAGAGGGGUAAGACUUUCAAAUAA